UAUAAGGCUCGCUAGUGAGAGAAUAUCUUGCACGAGUUGCGACUUUUCAUCAGUAUCAAACUGGAAGAGGCUUCGAUACAUUCGACUGUUUUUUUUUUUUGUCAAUACGAUCACUUGAAAACGCGCAAAACCAUGAAGGUUUUAUUGAUUGCAAUUUUCGCGUCGGUGAGCUUGGCGAGCGCCGACGUAUCUCAUCUGUUCGACGCCACGACGACGACCACGACUCAGGGGCCACCGAAUCCUUACAGCUUCCAAUACGUGGCUGGUCGCUUACCGGGCCACAUCGACCGCGUACACGCCGAAUCGGGUGAUGGUACCGGUCGCGUUCAAGGAUCUUACUCAUUCGUUGACCCAAAAUCAAUCGUGAGAACCGUCGAAUAUACAGUUGAUGAAAAUGGAUAUCACCCUACUUUGACCGGCUACGAUGAUAUUUUGAGACAACCCAAAGAUUCUGAAGCUGUUCGUCGCGAAAAAGAAAGACACGCUUUGCUUUACCAGAAAAUCGCAACACGCAAUUCCCAAGGCAUUCCAGCGAACUUGCCAAGAGACACGAAGAGCGUUGCGAAUGCCAAAGUUCGUCAUGCAGAUCUUUAUCAAAGAAUCGCUGCCGAGCACGCAGCCAUUGCCGCCCAACGCGAGGCUCAACGAUUAGCUUACGAGGCUACAUCUGUACCCAACGAAGUUCGUGAAUAUGACUUCAAUUACAAUUAGAACGGCCUGUUGCCGCAAAAAAG